AUGUCAGACCAGAUAAUGCCAGGAUCAUCGCCAGCACAGACUCCUGUACCAGCAUCGACAGUGGAGUCAGCACCAGCCACGGCUCAAGAAUCAACGACGAAUGAUACCGCUGUCAUGACACCUGCUGACAAUGAAAGUUCAAAUAACGCUGAAGCUGGUCCAUCAACAAUAUCGCCUAAGCCAAUACCAGCGCAUACACAAGAUCAUGCGGAGACAGAAGACGUUAUAAUGGCAAAUGGUGAUAACGAUACUCGAUCAACCGAACAAGCAAACGGUGAUGCAACAUCGAUAAUCGAGGAGAAGAAGGAAAGAGAUAAUCAAGCACAGGAAAACGAAAACGCAAACGGAGAACGAGAAGAGAAAGACAACGUAGACGGGAAUGAAGAAAAAGAGAAGACAAAGGAAGAUGAAGAAGACGAUGGACCUGAUAUAUCACAAUUAUUCGCUGCUAGACGGGAAGAAGAGUUGGCUAGAAGAGAUAGAAGUUUGGUCGAAUUCUUGAAUCUGUUAGAUGGUUAUAAACCCCUGAUACCUGAAGAGAUAACGGAAUAUUACUUACAAAGAUCAGGAUUCGAAUGUUCCGAUCCUAGGUUAAAACGCCUACUCUCACUCUCAGCUCAGAAAUUUAUCUCAGAUUUAUCUAGAGAUGCAUAUCAUUUCGCUAAAUUGAGGAUUAACGGUGCUGCAGCAGGCAGAGGACGACCAAAUCCUAGCGUAGAUCGCAAUCGAGUGGUUCUCACAAUGGAAGAUUUGAGUUUAGCUUUAGGUGAUCAUGGUGUAAAUAUCAAAAAACCAGAUUACUCAACUGGAUAUUCAUCUGGAAACGAUGCUCGACAAGAAGAGGGUUAUAUAUCAAUUCCCGCGAUAUCUGUAUUUGUAUACUGUACUUCACAGCAUUCUUCAUGUUAUGUAACGAACAAGCUUCGACAAUUUGUCAAUGACUGGACAGGUUUGUCUAGACUGCAGUGCAAUUUUGAAACCCCUCAAGAGUGA